AUGUUAAGAAGAAAUGCACGUUUAAGACAAGAAUAUUUAUAUAGAAAGAAUUUAGAAGGAGCAGAUAAAGAAGAUUAUGAAAAAAAGAGAAGAAUUAAGAAAGCGUUGGAUGAAGGUAAACCAAUUCCAACUGAAUUGGUUGAUUUUGAAUUUAAACAUAGAGAUGAGAUGAAAUUAGAUAAAUUAGAUGGUAAUAGACCAAAAUCAAUUGAUGAUGAAUAUGCACGUGCAGGUAUUCAAGAUCCAAAAGUAUUAGUUACAACAAGUAGAGAACCAAGUUCACGUUUAAUUCAAUUCACAAAGGAAUUAAGAAUGUUAUUCCCAAAUUCUCAAAAAAUGAAUAGAGGUGCACAUGUCGUCAAAGAAUUGGUUGAUGCAUGUCGUGCCAAUGAUGUAACCGAUUUGGUAAUUGCACAUGAACAUCGUGGUGAACCAGUUGGUUUAGUAAUUUCUCAUUUACCAUAUGGUCCAACUGCUUAUUUUGAAAUUAAAAAUUGUGUUAUGAUUCAUGAUAUCGAUGAAGCAACACCACCAUCUUUAGCUUUUCCACAUUUAAUUUUUCAUAAUUUUACAACUCCAUUAGGUGAAAGAACCGAAAAUAUAUUAAAAUAUUUAUUCCCAGUACCAAAGGAUGAUAGUAGAAGAGUUGUUACAUUUUCAAAUGAUAAUGAUUUCAUUUCAUUUAGACAUCAUAUUUAUGAAAAGGAUGGUUAUAAAAAUGUAAUUUUAAAGGAAAUUGGUCCAAGAUUUGAAUUAAAACUUUAUAAAAUUCAAUUGGGUACUCUUGAUCAAGAUGAAGCUGACCUUGAAUGGGUAUACAAACCAUACAUGAAUAGUACAAAGAAUAGAUUAUUCCUUUAA